CUGCAUUAACACACUCUCAGUUCCUCAACUCAUACAACACCCCACAUUCCAACGCCCAAACAACCCCCCUAACACCCCCUUACCCACCUCGCAACCAUGACCACCCCAACCCCCUCCCAACCCUUCCUCUUCCCGCCCGACUACUCCUUCCCCCCCUUCUUCACCCGCCAAACCAACCUCACGACCCACCACGCCCAGCUCACCAAAUGGGCCUCCCUCGUGCUCGCCUACUGCCACCACCACCGCAUCUUCAAGCUCUCCCUGUCGGGCCGCACCGGCACCACCGGCACCACCACCACCACCACCCCAAACGACACCACCCCUCCGGGCGACAGCACCAACAACGGCACGCGCGACACCACCCCGCUCUUCCACAACCGCCGCCUCAACCGCGGCCUCUCCCACGCCGACAUCCGCGAGGUGAUCGAUUUCCUGCGCCGGGACGGCCGCGCCGAGUACGUGCUGCCCUCCUCCUCCUCCGGCAACAACUCCACUACCACCAACGCCACGUCUUCCGUCUCGCUACUACCUCUCGGGGGGUCUGCCACAGACGGAGGCGGUGGUGGUGACAUGGCGUGGAUCUACUGGCGCACGCCCGAGGAGUGGGGGUCGUUGGUGGAGGGGUGGGUGGAGAGUACAGGGCAGAGGGGGAGUGUGCUGACGGUGUAUGAGUUGGUGGAGGGGGAUGGGACUAGGGGGAGUGAAUUCCACGGGAUGGAUCAGGAGUUGCUGCGGAAGGCGUUGAAUGUGUUGGUGAAGCAGGGCAAGGCACAGGUUUUCGGGCAGGAGGACUCGUUGGGAGUCAAGUUCUUUUGA